GUGCUUCGGGCAUCAAUAAACCGUCGCGUACAUGUUUGGAUUAUCUGGCUUGCAAUGGCAGCGACGGUCAUUACAGGAGCUGUCUUCUUCUUCGUCACGCUUCUGCAAUGCAUGCCAAUCUCCUAUUUCUGGACAAAGGCAGUCGGAGGAUCGGGCAAGUGUCUGGAUGCCGAGAUCAUCAUGGCUUUGACGUACCUUUAUGGCGGCACUUCUGCCCUGAGCAAUUUUACAUUCGGAAUGCUUCCAAUCUUACUCGUCUGGAACCUCAAUAUGGAGCGCAGAUUGAAAAUUGCUUUGGUACCCAUUCUGAGCAUGGCUUGCAUUGCUUCUUCCGCUGUGCUUGUCCGGAUGGCGUACGUCAAAGACUUUAAAGAUCCUGACUUCCUCUGGGCUACCGUUGAUAUUGCUAUCUGGUCCGACACGGAACAAGGUCUCGAAAUCACUGCCGGCUCUCUGGCAACCUUACGCCCUUUGUUCCGUGUCGCAGCAGCUCGUCUUGGUUACAGUGGCAGUGUACCUUACCCCACUUCAAAUCGUCAGGGGCCAAAGAAACCAAGACAAAGUACGGUGUGGCCGACGGAUAACAGUGGAAGCGAUCUUAAUCAUAGUAAGGAUGGAAUGUUUACACUACUGCAAACGGAAGUCACUGAAGAAGACGUUGAGCUUGUACGUGGAAAAAGAUUGGAAAUCCCGUAA